CUGGGCGGAACUGGGCGGCGGUCACGUAGCUCAGGUUUCCAGGCUGCAGCGGCGCGCGCGUGGAAGUUCCUGUGCCCCCGUCCUCGCCGUCCUUCCGCCGACAUGCCGAUGUUCGUGGUGAACACCAACGUGCCCCGCGCCUCGGUGCCUGACGGGCUCCUCUCCGAGCUCACCCAGCAGCUGGCCCAGGCCACGGGCAAGCCUGCCCAGUACAUCGCGGUGCACGUGGUUCCAGACCAGCUCAUGGCUUUUGGCGGCUCCAGCGAGCCCUGCGCGCUCUGCAGCCUGCACAGCAUCGGCAAGAUCGGCAACACGCAGAACCGCUCCUACAGCAAGCUGCUGUGCGGCCUGCUGGCCGAGCGCCUGCGCAUCAGCCCGGACAGGAUCUACAUCAACUACUACGACAUGAAUGCGGCCUACGUGGGCUGGAACGGCUCCACCUUCGCCUGAGGACCUCGGCACCCCAACCCACGGGCACCAGAUCCCGCUGCUGCCGGCAGUAUUUUCCUGCCUAGCCCCAGCGACUCCAACCUCCUAAUUGGGAGAAAUAAACGGUUUGGAGACUU